GGCAUUGUUCUCAUAUAUUGUACAGGGAACCCCCAAGUGAACCAGAAAAACCCUUUAUCCCAACCGCGCCAUGUAUUGAUUUCCACGCGGAUGUAUUAUUCAAGAAGAGGAGAUUUAUCGAAGUGUCAGAAUCGCUGGUCGUGACAAGACGACUGGGGAGAUGAACGCAACGGGACUGCACGGGAACAACAACGGAACGAUGAUGGUGGAGCCGGCGGCGGUGCUGGUCUUACAGCAGCCGUGGGAGAAGUGGUUCGCCGGUGCGAUGUACGGACUUCUCGCGCUGGCUGGGAUCGUUGGAAACGUCAUGGUCAUCCUCGCUAUCCUCAUGGACCGCCGCCUCCGGACCACCAACAACCUGUUCAUCUUCAACCUGUGCGUGAGCGAUCUACUGGUGGCGGCUUGCUACGACCCUAUGUCGGCGGUGUCGGUGAUCAGAGCGAACUGGGCCUUCGAUAGCGCCUUGUGUAGCAUAGCCGCUGCUAUCAACGUGGUCAGCCUUAUGGAGUCUACUAUGGCGGCGGGGUUGAUCGCUCUGAACUGCAACUGCCGUAUCACACAACCGCCCGGGGUGUACAGGGAAAAGUACCGGUUUACCCGCUGUCUCGCUAUGGUCGCAGCAUCGUGGCUUCUCGCCGUAGCCAUCGCCGUACCGCCGUUGGUGGGGUUCGGACAGUUGGGGUAUGAUCGGUAUUUGGGCGCGUGCGACUACAACUUUCACUCCCCGUUGACGUUCUACUACUACCUGACGUUUCCGGCGUUAGCGGUCAUGGCCACGAACGUUGUGGUGACGGUGUGUUAUGUCAAUAUCUUCCUCAGUAUCAAGAGGAGUGCGGACAAGACAAGAGGAGACGAAGCCUUACAGGUCACCAUACACAGGACCAAGCACAUGUUCGUCAUCUUCUGUGUCUUCGUCAUGACCACUCUCCCCGAGAUCGUCAUGAUCAUACUGGACGUACAAGUCAGACCCAUGCCUCCUGAACUCAACCUCUUUGCUCACAUACUACUACUCAGCAACAGUUCCAUUAACCCCAUCAUAUAUACAAUACGUCAGAGGGAGUUUCGUGUAGCCUACAGAGCCAUAUUGACCUGUACGUCCGUUCGGAAGGUAUCUUCGAAAGAACAGAGUUGUGGCUCGGCUUUAGAAUUAAAGUCGGUCAAAAACUGCAUGAGGGAAGCGGAGAAAUCGUGCCUCUCCACGACGUCAAAGUCGGACAACGAGAAUUUGACGACUCCGGUGGACGAAACCAUCCUAACUCCGGUGGACGAAACCAUCACAACUACGGUGGACGAAACCAUUACAACUUCUGUGGACGAAACAAUUAUAACUCCGGUGGACGACACCAUUACAACUCCCGUAGACGAAACCAUCACAAUUCCAGUAGACGAAACCAUCACAACUCCGGUGGACGAAACCAUCACAACCCCGGUAGACGAAACCAUCACAAUUCCAGUAGACGAAACCAUCACAAUUCCAGUGGACGAAACCAUCACAACUCCGGUGGACGAAACCAACACAACACCGGUUGACGUAGCCAACACAACUUCGGUGUGACUGUUACCUACAAACAUUUAACAUAUGGAUCUGUGACUCUCGAAGUAGGUAAGAAAUAUAACUAUAUUGAACAAGAAUAGCAUUAUGCUAAAAUAAGUUUAUUACAAAUUGUUUCCCGUUGGUUACUUUUGAAUAACAUGAAAAUGGCAAACAAAAACUAUAGUACAGUACCUAUAGACUAAAAGAUUGUCCUACAUUCUAAGUUUUUUUAAUCUUUUCUAAGACAGUAGAAGAACGAACGGUCCCAGUUUGGUUUUUGUUAUUUCAAGACGAAAAGAGUGUUAUUUUUUUUGUCUGUAUAGGCGGAUGUAUUAGCUCUUUUAAUAGCUGCGUGAUUAUAGUGGGGACAAUUUUAAAUAUCAAGAGCCGGAAUUACUACGCCGCAUUUUCUAAAAAGAGACAGCGAUGCUUUUAUUUAACUAACACUUGAAAAAACACAUAAGGGCCUUCGUAACACUAAUAGCAUUUCAAGACGCAAUUAUUUCUAAUUGGCCAUUAACGAUGCCCGCAUAACUGCUAUCUUGCACAAGUACACAUCAAUUUGAAAGUUUUGUUUGCUUUCUGUGAAGAAUUUGGUUGUCUGAUUUUAUAAGGACCAGCAAAAAAAAUGCUAUGUAUCCUAUUACAAUGCCUGAAAAAAAGGGUCGGUAGGUGGGGGACUAAAUAUUAUUUUAUACUUUUUCGAAGUUGACCUUCGUUUCCCCAACAUCUACCCACAUACCAAAUAUCAUAAAUAUUCAUUCACAGAUUCUCAAAAUAUUCUGUCCACAUACAAAACGGCUCCCGAAACAUAACCCCUUUGGCAAAUGUAAUCAAUAAUGCACAAAUCUAAUUUGCCACGGAUUGACAAAAAUGAUGAUUGACUUAAGAACUUGGCGCCGGUAAAUUUGAACCCAUUUCAACCAGGCAGACAUUUUACCUCAAGGGAACUGUGGAUAAUGGACCCUGCGCGUUAGGAGCCUAGCAAUAGUUGCACUCUCUAAUUGCAACGACGUGUCUAUGGGGUGCAGCUAUCCUGAUUGUCGGGUCAACGAACACUCAAAGCAGAGGUUAAA